UCCGCUUCCGGCAGCGGCGGCUGCAGCCUCGCUCUGGUCCCUGCGGCUGGCGGCCGAGCCGUGUGUCUCCUCCGCCGCCGCCGCCAUAUUGUCUGUGUGAAGAGGGGAGAGCGGCCGCUGCCGCUGCAGCUUCCACCACAGUUUGAAGAAAACAGUUCUGAAACGAGGUCUUACCCCCAGCUGCCUCUCAACACAGUGAUUGCCAUCUCUCCAAACGUCAAGUCCAGCUUUGUCCGCCAACCUGUCUGACAUGUCGGGACCCGUGCCAAGCAGGGCCAGAGUUUACACAGAUGUUAAUACGCACAGACCCCGAGAGUACUGGGAUUACGAGUCACAUGUGGUGGAAUGGGGAAAUCAAGAUGACUACCAGCUGGUUAGAAAAUUAGGCCGGGGUAAAUACAGUGAAGUAUUUGAAGCCAUCAACAUCACAAAUAAUGAAAAAGUUGUUGUUAAAAUUCUCAAGCCAGUAAAGAAGAAGAAAAUCAAGCGUGAAAUAAAGAUUUUGGAGAAUUUGCGAGGCGGUCCCAACAUCAUCACACUGGCAGACAUUGUAAAAGACCCUGUGUCACGAACUCCUGCCUUGGUUUUUGAACACGUAAACAACACAGACUUCAAGCAAUUGUACCAGACGUUAACAGACUAUGAUAUUCGAUUUUACAUGUAUGAGAUUCUGAAGGCCCUGGAUUAUUGUCACAGCAUGGGGAUUAUGCACAGAGAUGUAAAGCCCCAUAAUGUCAUGAUUGAUCAUGAGCACAGAAAGCUACGGCUAAUAGACUGGGGUUUGGCUGAGUUUUACCAUCCUGGCCAAGAAUAUAACGUCCGAGUUGCUUCCCGAUAUUUCAAAGGUCCUGAGCUACUUGUAGACUAUCAGAUGUAUGAUUAUAGUUUGGAUAUGUGGAGCUUGGGUUGUAUGCUGGCAAGUAUGAUCUUCCGGAAGGAGCCAUUUUUCCAUGGACAUGACAAUUAUGAUCAGUUGGUGAGGAUAGCCAAGGUUCUGGGGACAGAAGAUUUAUAUGACUAUAUUGACAAAUACAACAUUGAAUUAGAUCCACGUUUUAACGAUAUCUUAGGCAGACAUUCCCGUAAGCGAUGGGAACGCUUUGUCCACAGUGAAAACCAGCACCUUGUCAGCCCUGAGGCCUUGGAUUUCCUGGACAAGCUGCUGCGGUACGACCACCAGUCACGGCUCACCGCAAGAGAGGCCAUGGAGCACCCCUAUUUCUACACUGUUGUGAAGGACCAGGCUCGAAUGGGCUCAUCUAGCAUGCCAGGGGGCAGUACGCCUGUCAGCAGCGCCAGUAUGAUGUCAGGGAUUUCUUCAGUGCCAACCCCUUCACCCCUUGGACCUCUGGCAGGCUCACCAGUGAUUGCUGCUGCCAACCCCCUCGGGAUGCCUGUUCCAGCUGCCGCUGGCGCUCAGCAGUAAUGGCCCCUUCUGUCUCCUGAUGCCUGAGCAGAGGUUGGGGAGUCCACUUACUCCCUUGAUGCAGCUUGCGCCUGGCGGGGAGGGGUGAAAUACUUCAGAAGCACCGUGUCUGAACCGUUGCUUGUGGAUUUAUAGUAGUUCAGUCAUAAAAAAAAAAUUAUAAUAGGCUGAUAUUCUUUUUUUUCUUUUUUUUUUUCUCUUUUUUUUUAACUCGAACUUUUCAUAACUCAGGGGAUUCCCUGAAAAAUUAUCUGCAGGUGGAAUAUUUCACGGACAAAUUUUUUUCUCCCCUUCCAAAUUCAGUUCCUCAUCACUAAAGAACAAAGAUAAACCAGCCUCAAUUCUGGCUGCUGCGUUUGGGUGGAGAUUUCUUCCCAUGCCCACCAUUGCUCCCCUACCAUCCCACACUUUGAGGGGUUUGUAUUUCAUGCUCUCCUCCAGAGAUUACAAAAAUGUAGCUUCUUGAAGGGAGGUGGGAAGGAAGGAGGAAGGAAGGACCCAACCUAUAAGAGCAGUGUACUGCUAGUCACUUAUAUCACUUUACUCCAAAAGUGCUUCAGUGGGGUUAUACUGGUGAAUCUAGUGGAAAUAUGUCUUAGUUACAGUGAGAUGCUGAAAAUCUACCCAAAGUGCAGACAGGUCCUGAAAACGUCUGUUCAGUAUGAAUCAUGUCUUAUUGACCUAACCUAAAUCCAGCUCACUUAUAAUUUAGUUUCAGUUCAGUUUAAAACUUUAAUACCGUCCCUCCCAGGCUCCUUACCUUGGUCCUCUUCCCCAUUCAUCUCCCAACAUGCUCUAUAGCUGGUAGGAGGGGGAAGGCAAAAUCUAUUUCAGUUUUCUUUGACUUGGCCCUUUUGAAUUCAGUUAGUUACUGGGUAUAAUUAUUGCUUUUUACAAAAGAAAAAAACAUUGUCUAUGUUGGUUUCAUGCUAGUAACUCUUGAAGAGCUAAUGAGAGAUGUGGCCACUGCAUUUUAUUUUAAGCUUUCUACCUUCUUUUCCUCCUACCUUCCCCUUCCCUCACAUGCCAUCCGUUGAGAAGACCUGCCCCUCAGUCUUGUAAAUGUACCUGAGAGGUAGGAGCAGAGCCACUAUCUCCAGUGAAACUGAAAUGGUAGACCUGUAAUUGUGGGAAAACUAAACUCUCUUGUUACAGCCCUGCCACCCCUUGCUGUGUGUAUAUAUAUAAUACUUUGUCCUUCAUAUGUGAAAGAUCCAGUGUUGGAAUUCUUUGGUGUAAAUAAACGUUUGGUUUUAUUUAUCAA